CGGCCAUGGCGGCGGUGCUGGUGCGCGGGCUGGUGCGGGGAGCGAUGUGCCUGGGACAGCCCCAGCGGUGCCUGUCAGCGCCCAGCAGGCAGGAUGGAGAAGUGGGCAAGGCACAGAAGGCAGCAGCAGCCAGCGAGGAGACAGGAGGGCAGCCCACCAUAUUCAGCAAGAUCAUCGACCGCACCAUCCCUGCCACCAUUCUCUAUGAAGAUGACAAGUGCCUCGUCUUCCGUGAUGUGGCCCCUCAAGCCCCUGUGCAUUUCCUGGUGAUCCCCAAGCGCCCCAUCCCCCGGAUCAGCCGCGUGGGUCCCCAAGACACUGAGCUGCUGGGGCACUUGAUGGUGGUGGCAGCACGCACCGCGCAGGCAGAGGGGCUGGCUGAUGGCUACCGCCUUGUGAUCAACGAUGGGAAGCACGGCGCACAGUCUGUCUACCACCUGCAUCUCCAUGUGCUGGGGGGGCGGCAGAUGGGCUGGCCCCCUGGCUAAUGCCCACUAUACACUUACUCCCCAAUAAAGCAUUUCCUUGGUUGUUGUUGGGGGUUUGUUUUUUCUUUUUACUUCCCUUCUCUCUGUCUGGAAGUUUUUCCAUUAACACGCUAAGAUGGCUAGUGAUAGGGGUAGGCUUCCUGUCCGUUUUUGGAGUUUCUCUCUUAAAAGAGUGGGAGGCAGGUAAAGGAGAGUAGGGGCAGCUGCUCACUCUCUCACUGGUUUGGCUCUGGGAGAAGGACGGCCGCUGGAAAACCUCGCCCUGCCAUCCCAACGCCGGGAGCUGCCUUUCCUCGGCUGUGGGACCCCGCACCCCCUGCUCGGAC